ACAUAUGAACAGCUCAACAUCCUCUCACUCACCCGAUAAAAUGACCCGGUAUGUUGUCUUUCUUUUCAAUUUCCAUUAGCUUUUUUGGCUCUCUUCUCAUAGCUAGCUGUAGAGAGAUUAUUUAUUGUUAUUCCUUUCUUCUUCUUCCUCGUCUCUUUAUCCACAGGGCAAGAAAGACAUGGUGAUGAAGUUACCUUAUCUGGGCUCUUCUUUGUUUUUGUUUUUGGCUCAGGUUUGUGUUGUUGCUUCUGGGUUUGAAAAAGGUCUCCCGAUUCUUUCAUUCGAUGAAGGGUAUAAUCAGUUGUUUGGAGAUGAUAAUAUAGUUUUACAUAGAGAUGGUAAAGCUGUUCACUUGACUUUGAAUCAGAGAACAGGGUCUGGAUUUGUUUCUCAAGACCUUUACUUGCAUGGCUACUUCAGUGCUUCGAUAAAGUUGCCUGCUGAUUACACUGCUGGAGUUGUGGUUGCUUUCUAUAUGUCGAAUGGUGAUAUAUUCGAGAAGAACCACGAUGAAAUCGAUUUCGAGUUCUUGGGGAACAUUAGAGGGAAAGAUUGGAGGAUUCAGACCAAUGUUUAUGGCAAUGGAAGCACCAGGGUUGGCAGAGAAGAAAGAUACAAUCUCUGGUUUGAUCCUGCUGAUGAUUUCCAUCAGUACACCAUUCUCUGGACUGAUUCUCACAUCAUAUUUUAUGUAGACAAUAUCCCAAUUAGAGAGUUAAAAAGAACAGCUGCAAUGGGUGGAAAUUUCCCCUCCAAGCCAAUGUCUUUGUAUGCUACCAUAUGGGAUGGAUCCGAUUGGGCUACUAAUGGUGGCAAAUAUAGAGUCAAUUACAAAUACGCUCCUUACGUAGCUGAAUUCUCCGAAUUGAUCCUUCACGGCUGCACAGUUGAUCCGAUCGAGUUUUCGUCAAAGAGGUGUGACAAAGUUCAAAGUCCGGAACAACUAACCUCCCUUAUCACCUCACCACAAAGAAGCAAGAUGGAUAGAUUUAGGAGGAAGUACAUGACAUACUCAUAUUGCUAUGACCAAACCAGAUACAAAGCCCCACCUCCCGAGUGCGUGGUCAAUCUCCUAGAAGUCGAACGACUCAAGAAGUUUGAUCCGGUCACAUUCGGAGGAGGCAGGCACCACCACGGGAAACGACACAAACGCAGCCGAGCAAACCGAUUCGAGGCUGAUUCCAUUUAGUUGGGGCCUUGGGGGGGGGGGUCAGUUCUGUGUAUAGAGAGAGGUGACACAACACAUACACAUAUAUUUACGUUCCAUAUAUUUUUUAGGUUUCCAUUUUUA